UUUACGAGCUACUGCUUAUUUAAUUUCUCAGCGCCUUAUAUAUUUACACUUCGUUUUUAAAGAUGUCUGAUUCGGAGGACAUGACAGAGUUUGGGUCUAUAGUUGAGCGGAUCACAAAAGGCGAGGUUCCAAUUAAGAACAUUGAGCGGGAGCUCAUCUGUCCGAUCUGCAAGGAGCUGUUCACACACCCGCUCAUUCUGCCCUGCCAACACAGCGUUUGUCACAAGUGUGUGAAAGAGCUUCUCCUCCUAAACCAUGAGGAUUCCCUCAGCACCGAUGCGGGCUCAGAAUCCUCCCUUCCCGGGAGCCCUCGCUCUAGAGUUCCCUCUCCCAGUAUGGAGAGACUUGACCGGCUCGUGAGAUCAGGGUCCAUCUCCUCGCCCGGCUGGAGGCGGGCCUCGAUCACGCCCCGCAUCACCACCUUCCCCUGCCCGGGCUGCCAGCACGACAUCGACCUGGGCGAGCGGGGCAUCAGCAUGCUCUUCCGCAACUUCACGCUGGAGUCCAUCGUGGAGCGCUACCGGCAGGCCGCCCGCGCGGCCGUGGCCAUCAUGUGCAACAUGUGCAAGCCGCCGCCGCAGGAGGCCACCAAGAGCUGCAUGGACUGCAAGGCCAGCUACUGCAACGAGUGCUUCAAGCUCUACCACCCCUGGGGCACCCCCAAGGCGCAGCACGAGUACGUGGGGCCCACCACCAACUUCAGGCCCAAGGUGCUGAUGUGUCCAGAGCACGAGAUGGAGAAAGUGAACAUGUACUGCGAGGUGUGCCGGCGUCCCGUGUGCCACCUCUGUAAGCUGGGUGGCUCGCACGCCAAUCACAAGGUCACGUCUAUGACCAGCGCGUACAAGAUCCUGAAGGAGAAGCUUUCAAAGAGUAUCCAUUACCUAAUCAGCAAAGAGGACAAAGUGAGGACUCAGAUUUCCGAGCUCCAGGUGUUGAUUAAUCAAACCGAGGAAAACGGGGAGACGGCGGAGAGGGAGGCCAACGAACACUUCGACCGGCUCUUCCGCAUCCUGCAGGGCAAGAAGGAGGACAUGCUGAGGUCCAUCGAGGAGUCCAAGACCCGGCGCCUGGGCAGCCUGCGCGGCCAGGUGGACGAGUACCAGGGCAUGCUGGAGAACAGCGGCCUGGUCGGCUACGCCCAGGAAGUGCUGAAGGAGACGGACCAGUCCUGCUUCGUCCAGACGGCCAAGCAGCUGCACAUCAGGAUCCAGAGAGCGACCGAGUCCCUGAAGACGUUCCACCCGGCCGCGGACCCGACCUUCGAGGACUUCGUCCUGGACGUGUCCAAGGAGGAGGCCCUGCUGAAGGAGCUGUCUUUCGGAGGAGUGCCCGACCCCCCCGUCAUCGACCGGAUCCGGAGUCGCGUGUACAACGAGGGGCUGAUCUGCUGGGAGAUCCCGGAGGACGGCCUGCCCACCGACCAGCACCUGCUGGAGUUCAGGAAGCGCGGCGGGGGCGAGGAGGAGGAGGAGGAGGGAGCCUGGCGGGUCAGGGAGAAGGUGUACGGCUCCAGCUCCGUGGUGUGCGACCUGGACGGCGACAGCGUCUACUCCUUCCGCGUUCGAACCCGCCGAGACGAGGCCUUCAGCUCCUACAGCCCGGAGGUGUCCUUCCACACUCCGCCUGCGCCAGUGUUCAGCUUCCUGUUUAACGACAAGUGCGGCUUCAGCCCCGAGCGUCUGGCGCUGAGCAAGCCCCGCGACUCGGUGGAGAGCGUGGCGGGGCUGCCCUUCCUGCUGGCGGCCGAGCGCGUGCAGACGGGCGGCUACGUCUGCCUGGACUACAUCAUCGGCGACACGGGCAUCUCCCAGGGCCGCCACUUCUGGGCCUUCCACGUGCUGCCGCACUCCUACCUGGUGAAGGUGGGCGUGGCCUCCGACUCCAAGCUGCAGGAGUGGUUCCACAACCCUCGCGACACCAGCAGCCCCAGGUACGACCACGACAGCGGCCACGACAGUGGCAGUGAGGACACCUGCUACGAGCUGUCCCAGCCCUUCACCCUGGUCACCGUGGGGAUGGGCAAGCUCUUCAUCCCCAAGGGCUCGGCCGCCGCCGCCGGCGACCACGGCAACCGCGUGCUGCCCAUGCCCCAGCGCAUCGGCGUCUGCCUGGACUACGAGGAGGGGCGGGUCUUCUUCUACGACGCAGACACCAUGCGGUGCCUUUACGAGCGGCAGGUGGACUGCUCGGACCAUGUACCCCGCCUUCGCCCUGAUGGGGAGCGGGGGGGUGCACCUCGAGCAGUCCAUCACUGCCAGACGCCUGGCGUACGGCGCAGCGGGGCAUUAGAACGUCCCCUUAUGUUGCCCCUCACCCCCCCUCCCCAACCCACCUUCUAGAUGGUUCCUCUGCCCGGGCUCUGCCUUUGAGAUCUUGGUUGUAGCCAUUAGCCGUUAGCAACCAUCUCCAUUUUUAAGUUGGUUUGCAUCAUGCCGCACGCAAGUAACACCUUUUUAAUGUAGCACUACAGUAAUACUUAAGCCAAGUGAAAACCUGAAAAACCUUGCCUACGACCACUGGUGUGCCUUUACCCUUUUAAAUGAAUUAUGGCAUAAUAAUAAUAAUAAUAGUACUAAUAAUAAUAAUGGUGAUAUUGAUGAUCGUAAUACCAUCUUGAAGAUGGUCAGUAACAAUAAUGGUACUAAAUGAGCUUUGAGUUUUGGUAACUCCACUGAGUGUCCAUUCCAAAAAUCUGUGAAAGACCUUAAAUGUUCAUGACCAACAUUCACACAAUAAUAACUGACUUGCACAAAUGUGUCAGAUGUAGUCCCCCCUCAGCCCCCUUGUAAACACUUUUUAUGUGAGAUGGCUUUAAAAACGGUCACAGGGAGGUUGGAUAUUUUCAAACCCAACCGCAAAUAUUAGAACUUUUAGAACUACUUAAAUUCACGGUAGGGGUGAAGUGUUCCUUUAAGCAAGUUUUACAGGGUGAAUCGAUGAAAGGCACAAUCAAGUAAAAUGUCCACUUUUUUAAAAUGAUUGUUAUGUACAAUAGGUAGGAAGUAGUGUAUUGCAGUCUUGAAGAUAUUACAUGUUCGUCAGAGUAGUGCUUUUGAAAGUUAUAUUUCAUAACCCCCACCCCCCCUCCCUUUCUCCCCUGUUCACCUGCACAUAGCCUGUAUAUAUGGUCACUGCAGUUGUAACGUAACGUGUUGGUCCGAUUUCACACAUUUCUUCUGAAGGAUGUCUGUUCACUGAAUUCAGUACAAUGUUAGUAACUGAGACACGAAUAUUAGCACCUUGCACAUUAAUGUCUACCCUCUCAACACUAGUUAAUAGCAGAACACAUUUACUUUAGGGUUGUAAGGUAACUGUUUAUACAUUUCCGAAUUGAGCACCACCAAAUGCAAUGCACCUUUAAACUAACUUGACUCUAAUACAAGUAACAUGCACAAAUAAAUAUAGAAAACUUAACAUUACCUAUUCCACAAAGGAUAAACUGCAGUUGCACUAUGUCGAUGUUGAUCAUGAAAUGAAAAUAUAUUUCCAAUUCUAAAGAACCGAUUAUGAAAAUUCAUUGGUCUAAUCCAGUGUCCUUACCUAUUUGAAAGCCGUCGAGAGCAAAGCUGAUAUUGUAAAUAUUGUGCGCUGUUCAUGUUUGGAUUUUUUGGAUUUUAAUUAUUCUACUGCUUAGAUGGGUCUCUUAAACACCAAGAAUGUAUUUCUGUAUAGGACAGAGUGUGAAAAUAAAAGCAGGUUUGAGCUGUGCAGGUGCUGCUGCUUAAACCUCUAGCUGGAUGCAUUUCUUAUUGGAUCGGCCAUCUUGGAAAGAAAUGCAGUGGAACGAAUGUAGUUCAGCGUGGACAAUGGAGACGUUCCAGCUGUUUAAACUGUCAAUUGGCCUUGGCGGAAAAGGUCUGCAAUUGUUGGGCUGCACAGAAAAGUGGGCCACUUGUGUCUUUCACCCGAAAAGGGAUGUAUUUUUAUGGGAACUGGAAUAUUUGUGGGUCUGGCCAGGGUGUUUUGCUGUAAUAUGUGUGCGUGUGUUACCUCAGGAUCUGGCCCACCUGGCCUAUAGCUACCUACCUCCUUGCUAUACCCUGGCAAACUUCUUCAGUGUACAUACUUUUCUCUGCUCUAUUCAGGAGCAAAGCAAACGACCACUUAUGCUUUGCGAGGUGAUUGGCAUUUGUUUGCUGCAUCGCUUACUUUCAGAGAUGGUCCAACCAGGCAGUUCUUCUUUCCGGAAGGUUCCUCCAACAGUCGGCCUCCCUGGAUUCACGUGAAUAAUAAUAGCGAAACAGAAAUUUGCUGGGGCAAAGAGGAGAACUCAUUCAUUUAAAAAAUUAAGCAAUUCAGCAAAGCUGUUCUUAUUUUUAUAUUUUAAAAUGUGCGUAUCUAAAGACGGUAUGAUAUCUAGCUGGAAUGCAGCCAAAAAGGAUUUAAAAUAUCUCGAAUGAAUUUCUAAUAUUGGAUGCCUCUUGAACACAUCUGUAGUUAGAAAGAUGGACUAGUUGAAUUUGUUGAAACCAAUUAGUGUCUGCUGUUUCGGGUGCUAUUCACAAUCCUUAAGUAAAAUGCAAAAAUAUGCUAACACAUUAACCAUAACUUGUUUAGGGCUUGUUUAUUUGAUCAUUGUUAUCUGUUUAGUUUGAAAAUCACAUCUAAGCAGCUGUAAGAAAUGUUACAUUCAGUUUAAAUGGUGACCAAUGAGGAAAAUUACAUCUACUUGUAUAACUGCCAUGAUCACUGGGCUUUUAAAAAUGUCUUUGCUUUUCUGUCUUUGGUUUUUGUUUUGAGUGUUUGAGUGUCCAAGAGUUUCUUUUGUGUUUGUGGUGAAUCUUUUUUUCUGUGAUGAAUAUUGUAAUCAUUUAUGGCAUUUGGGUACAAACUAAUGGGUACAGAAACUAAAGAAAAUAUCAGUCUUUUUUUUCUGUUAUACCAUUUAGAUGUGACACUUAGAAACCACCUGCACGUCUUUUCGACUUCUGCAUCAGAAUCCAUGCAGGAGAUAUGCAGGUUUUCUAUACUGGGUUACAUAAGUCGGAUUUCAUCCGACAGUAGGUAUAUAAUCUCACUGAAUGUAUGCUUAUUUUGGGGGUACGAAUAGAAUUAUUAAAUUGUUGACUAAGUACUUAUGACCCUGCUUCAGGUCAUGAGGUGGGAGACGCAUUGGUUUUGUAGGAAACACUGGAUAGGAAUAGGCACUGUUGGUGUUUGUUUUAGCUGCAGUUUUUGGGCUAAUGAAGCAGGAUUUCUCUUCAGAUGGUAAAUUAAAAACCAAAUAUUUGAGGACUUCCUAUCUGUUACAUUUUUUUCAAGCUAGCACUUUAUAGCAUGUACACUUUGCGCUGUGCAGUACUGUGUGGAUUGGUGUGCAAUAUGACUUAGACUACAAGAAGUACUGUAUUUGAGAAUGGAAAUGGGAUGUAACAUAGCUUUCUGUGAGUGUAAUGCUUUAAUGAAAAUGGGCUGUUUCUGUAAUCUGUUUCUUGAAAUAAUAAGCUUUUUUAAUUUGCUGUUUGGGGUUUUUAUAUAAAAUAAACUACAAAUCCAUUUCAGUGUGACUUUUA